AUGUUUUCUUAUAAUAAACUUUAUAAUAUUUACGCAGCAGCUUAUUUCCAUUCCUAUAAAGAAUUAAGUUCUUAUAAAGAAAUAAAUUCUUUAUUAAAAUCCAACAGUUUUAAUUCUUGUUUGAUUAGAGGAAUUAUUCAUGAUUAUGAUUUUGCCAUUUUUGUUUAUAAUAAAUUUUCUUCUUUAUUAACUUUAGAAGUAAAACAAUUUAUUGUUUCUAGAAUGAUAAUGUCUAAUGAUAUUAGACCUUAUUUAAUCAAGAAAUAUAAACCUAAAUUUAUAUGGUAUCCAAAUUUACCUUCUGAUGAUACUUUAUCUAAAUUAUCUCAAUAUGAUAUUGAUUUAUCUGUAGUUUAUUUAUUAAAGAACAAAUCUUAUAAUUUUAAUAAAAAUAAAUCUUUAUAUCUUUUUGCUAAAAUGCUUAAUAAUUCUCAUUUGAUUAAACAUUCUGAUUUUAUAGAAGAUGAUAUAUCUCCUAGUUAUUAUUUGCCUAACUUAAAACAAGAUGUACCUUUAUUGACUAAAGAAGAAUAUAUAAAUACUUUUUCUAAUUCAUCUUCUUUUAUAGACGAGUUUGUUUUUAUAUACACAUUUAGUCAAGAUGUUAAAUUUAUUUAUGAUGUUCCUUUAUAUAAUGAUUAUGAUUUUAAAUCUAAUUUUGAUUACAACAAAUAUAUGAUUAUUAAUUGA